AGGUGGCGAUAGUAGCGUAUCACCCCUCCUACGGAGCGAGCUGUCAAAUAUCAAGACGUUGUUUGUAUACGAAAUUUUUAUCGGUAUUUAGUAUUAAAUAAGACGAAGUUGUGCUGAGCCGACAUCAGCAGAAUGAAUCGGACAAUGGAUGAGAAGGAAGAGCUAGUGAAGAAAUCGCUUUUCAGCUUUGUAAGGAAACAGGUUCCCACUGCUCAACUGAGCUUGAUAGAUGACAUAGUUCUCAGCUAUGUUGUGAGUAUGGUUGAGGAAGAUGCUCUCGAGGAGAAUUUAGAUGUUGAAGGAUUGUGCGAAAUGGUAUCUGCUUGUCUUCCGGAGUUUUCAACUAUUGACAAAGAGGCAGUAUCCAAAUGGCUGUUGGAAAUAGAGAGUGAGCUCAGACAGGGAAGCAAACCGGACGAGGACCCUCAAUCUCAUGAUCCGUUGAGUCAUAUUAGUUUGACAGCGUUUUUGCCUCCUGAAGCUCAGAGGAUCAGGGUGCACCAUUUAUCCGAAACAAGCGAUGCUGGUAGUGAUUCUAGCGGUGAAUAUUUUGCCGAACAGGAAUCAACGUGGCAUCAGGUUGCUCUUCUCCAGGAAAUGUUUCCAGGAGCGAGUCCAGCCGAAGCACGACAUUGCUUAGCCGUAGCAGGUGGUGAUAUAGCGAAAGCAGCUCAGCUCGCGUUGCAUAGACAAGAAGCAGGCCAGAGUCUAGUUGGCAAUCUUACUUUCCUCACGCCAAGCGUUCGUACUAAGGCAAGAGUGAAUGAUGAAGAGUUGAAAUCGCGCAUAAUUGCUCGCUAUAGCUAUGUGGAUCGUGACAAUGCUGUACGCGAACAUCGCCCAGUGGCUCCUAAGACAGAGCCGAAGAAACUGGUCCGCUAUUUGGAUAAUAAGAUCGUGAGUGUAAAAGGUGAACGAUACACAGAAGUUCGGCGAGGUGAUGACGAUGAGGGGAACGAGGGGGGCAGGAAGAGGGGUCACAGUCGUCCGUAACCAGCCCCCUUGCCUCCCCCCCCUGAUCCACCCCCUUGGAGGCACCUGGUUUUACAUUACACUUGAAUUAAUGUCCUUCUCUUAGAUGAGCCUUGGAGUGUAAUCAAACAGUGCUAAAUGAUAGUAAAAACAGUCAGGCUUCAUUUUAUUUACAACUCCAAACUUAUAUUCAUCAUUAUUUUAAAACUGACGGGGCUCUGUGUGAUUUUUGAAAGAAGUGUUUACACUGUACAGCGUUUAUCUAAUGUUUAGCACUAGAGCUUGUAUUAUACUCUUAGAUAAACUAGUGAGUAUACAAUGGCCAUUACACACAUAAUUCUAUUACACAAAUUAAAAAUGUGAUUAGGAACACAUCAUUUGAUUAUCUGAUGAAUGAGUAAUGGUAAUAUUAAACACACCUACGAAUGAUGUUACGUUUCUAUUAGCCAUUGUAAACUGAUUAAUUUUGUGAGAGACGUGAGCUAAAAAGACUAUUCUACUUGAGUUAUUACUUCUGACUGCGGUAUUCAUUGACCUAAUCGGUUUAAUACGUUUUUUAUACAUCAGAAAAAAAUUUUUCCUUUAAAUGUUUAACAUAUUCUGUUGAUAUUGUUAUUGCUAUUAUCGGGGUGAAUAAUAUUAGGUACCCAUUAUUAUUACCGUUAUUCGCGAUUUAUUACAGACUGUACAUACAGUAUGAUGUGAAAGUAUAGUGUAUAUUAUGCACGGUAUGAUAUUCAUUGCGCAAUAGCUUUUGCACUUAACGAUAUAUUCAUAUCUGUGACAGUUAAGACAAUUUUCAAUUAUCUCGUUUCUACAUCUUUAUUAUGAGAAAAAAUUCCAUUUUGUCGCUGUCUAAUGUAGAUGGAUCCAAACACAUUCGGGCAGCCAUUGCUUAGUAAACAUUAAUUUUAAGAGACUUCCAUGUCGGUUCCUUGAAUCUCAUUUAAAAUAUUCUAAAUUUUCAGUACACCCGGUACUAUUUGUGAUUGAGGAGGUAUAAAGGUAUAUUAUGGCAGCCAAUUUCUUCAAUUUUAUCAAUUAUUGCAGAAUUAAUAACAGCAAUCUGUCGCCAUUAUACUAUUUUCCUUAAGUAUUCAUUGAUUGAAGUUUUACAGUUUAUUUCUUCAUUCAAUUUCUAAAUACCUUGCGGAUUCAUCAUCAGCUGUAACGAACACUUUUUGUGAUAUUUAUCACUACGCAUGUUGAUGCGCAAAAGCGAGGAUGUAUUCACUCAUAGAUCAGGUGACGAGCAAUUGCAAUGAUUUCAAGUGAUUUUAAGUGAUUUUAAAAUGACUACUUCCCAAAGCAGUUUGCAAUUCUAACCAGUGAGUACCCCCUCGUGCCAAAAGCAAGCAGGUUACAUGCCAGUAAUCCCAUACUAUUUCAAAUACAACUAUUCACUGAUAUUUAUGAUUUAAGAAAAAAAAAAGAACUCCGGUAUCGUUCCGUUUGCGCACAAUAUCUGUAAUCAACACAUCAGCUGAAAUGUUCUGUUUACUAAUUAUAUAAGAUGUAAGAUCAAACUUAGCAUUAUUUUUAAAUGUCGACGAUGUUGGCCUGGUAACUCCAGCCACUGACAAUGAUAAGUUAUCCUAGAUUAUAAGACAUAGAAAAAUUUGCAAUCAACUAAAAUACCCGCGAACAAAGCAAAAACAAAUCUGCAUUUUUAUAUUCAUUUAUAUUGACUACAAAGAUGUAUCCAGUCAUUUUUAAGGUUCAUUCUGAAAUUCGCAGAUAAUUGUAAUUCAAAAAAGUCAUUUCGACGUUACCCUGUCUGUACCAGGGUGGCCACUGGUCAGGGAAAGCUGGAAAAGUCAAGGAAUUCUGCAAUUCUUGAAUAGUCAGGGAAUCGUUUACUAUAUACUUUAUUCAUACAAAUACGUUCCACAGUUUUUUAAACUUUAGAUAAAUUAGAUCGAAUACCAAUUUUCUUACCAUCACCGGAAGGUUCUCUUAAAACUUUGAUUAUUCCUAAAUAUUACCUUACAAACGACUGUGCGCAUUGGCUAAAUGGGACGGUGUGACACAAGUGACAGUUCGUACUUUGGUUAAAAAAAAAAAAAAUUGUAUAGAAAAUACGUAUAUUUUUAUCAAUUUAUUAUAACGGAUUUAUUCAAAUUGUUCAGGGAAAAUUAUAAGAUUUUUGUCUGGAAAACCUAGAAAAGUCAGGGAAUUCCGUGAUGGAGAUUUAGUGGCCACCCUGUGUACAGUCUCCAUAUUUUUACCCGUAAUAAUUACUUUUCACACUGCUUACGACUGUAUAUCCAGUGAUUUUUAUGCCAUUGAGACAAGGUGAAACUUUUUUACUUCACGGGUACUACCAAAUAAACUGUAGUACGCACGUUAACAUUAUUUCUUAAGUCCGAUAAGAUUCAGUUUUUAAUUUCACGUUAUUAUUAGAGUUAGCUUCAUAAGGAUAUUGAACCAUCCUGAUGCCAAACAAGUUUACAUGACAUACAUUGAAAAAUUAUGUGGAGCUGCGUAAUUUCAAUAACUGAAAAAUUGAUUAUUCGUUAAACUGAAAUAAAAAUUUUGUGUUCUAGUCGAUCAAACAUCGAGGUUCAAUAAGAUAUACGAUCAUUUUUUUAGUUAUAGUCUUUUUGUAUCUUAUUUUAGAUGCAUCUAUAAAACUGUGACACUUCUAUUUUACUGUCUUUUACUAAUUGACAUUGUGUUGAGAUUACUUGAAACGAAUUUUAUCAGGCCCCAACAUACAAUUUUAUAAUUUCGAAUUUUAUCUGUUAAAUUUAAAUACUUCUUGGCUGUCAAGAGAUAGCUUGCUGAUUUAUUUAUAAAGUAGGUAUACAUUGACGUUUUGGGUGUCGUUACAUGUUGGAAUAUGGAAGAAAUUGUCAGAUCCAAGAUGUCGGUGUAGGUAUUAGGUGAGCAAUGAAAUGCGUAUCAUGUAUUUAGACUAAAAGAAAAAAUUUCGCUUACCGUACCACACGUUGUACCAGUAUUACUAUUGUUAUUAUUAAUUCUUAAAUGAAUUUUUAACUAUAGAUAAUCCACGAUAUGAUGGUCAUUCGAAAAUACUAACAUUACAUUAUAUUGAACGCUAGGCAUCUCACGUAAUAUAUAGAAAUGGUUUAUCUCGAAAUGUAUUGACACUGAUAUAUAAUGUUUAACGGCGAAAAAAAAGCAAACAGAGUUAAAACACAAUGAGAAAUUUAGAUUUUUAAUUGUAAUCGUGCGACGGUUUAUUUACUUUUAAUUUUUCUUCAUUUAAAUGACGUUUUUCCGUAAUCCAGGCUACACAGUGGUUCGCCUAGUUCCCUAAAGGUAUCCUAUUUUCUUUGCUUCUCCUAUAAGCUCUGUAAACCUGAAGGCUUCCCUAAAUGUACCCUAAAGCAGUCCAUUUUUCCCUAAAAUCCCACUACUUUUGCCAGUCACUUACUUUUUUUCACAAACUAGAAUGUACUGAGAAAAUUAGUUUGAUGUUUGAGCAAUGUUUAUACUUUCAACAUAGGAACAUAAAAAUACACAUGGAAUCUCAAAACUCUCUUAUACUUCACAAAACCAUAACUAUUACGGUUUUAUUGAGUGUCCUUCUCUAUAGAAUAUGUGCACUCACCGAAAUUAUUCUAUUCCUACAUUUAGUUGGAAAUCGAAACGUUGUUCUCAAGCAUCGGAUAGAUUUUUUUCAGAUCAUUUGAGUUUAUGAAAAAAAAAAAAAUUUUCGAAAAUAUCAAUGUAUUUUACAUUCAAACUGAUAAAAAAAAAAAAAACGAUAAAAAUAACGGACACCCUAGAGUACAACUACUUUUGCCCGAGUUGAUUAGUACCAUGAAAAAAUAUUGGAACCUUACUACCCCCUCAUUCUCAUGAAGCACUGUGAAGCCUGGUAAUCGGAUGUGUUGAGAAGAUAUUAUAUCAAGUUGUUUAUGAAUUAAGAAAAUGUUUUUCUUUCGUUAUUAGACAUACUAAAGUGCAACAGAACCUGAAAAUGACCAAUCUGAAAUAGUUCAUUGUCAGUGAUGAAUAAAGAGAUACGUGAAAGAUAAAUUUGGACAUGUUGUAAUACUUACGUGCUUCAAUGAAUUAGAAGUGCUAUGCAUAUCAAUAUCUGGGAUUAAUCACACUAUUCUACUUGGUGAAUUUAGAAAUUUCUGAAUACCCAGUACUUUCAGAUUCUGUUGUAAUUAGCUUUUCAUGCGAUGUCUUUCAAUAUUUUAAAUAUAUUGCGAGAAGGGCCGGCCCUUGCCAUAACUAAAUGAAAACUAUGGGUGUGUAGUUUGAUAGAAUUCUACAUGAGAUGAUAUUGGGAUGAUCUGAAGUGAAUGAAAUGAAUAAUCAAUUUUAAUUGUAAUACCUACUGUUUUAUAGAACGGUAUACAAACAAUUUAGAGAAGGAGUGAGAGUUUCAAGAUUUGUACAAAUAAUGUACAAAUCUCGCACCGCUAAUGCGGUAUUUAUUACGUACACGUGUGAAAUAAACGCUUAAUAUAAGAUUGCAUAAAAGAUUACUCGCGUAAUUAUCACAAUUAUAACUACUGUCAAAAACAUACGUAUUCGUAUUCAUAGUAUGUGUAAACGCAUUUAUAGGUAUAUAGGAUUCACCUAUGUAUGUAUUAUACCUGGUCACACAUUCUAUGUGCAUACUAUAUUCAUUUAUUUCUGUACGAUUAUGUAGGGUAGUAUCAUAAUUACCGUAAUAAUCUCUAAUAUGCUUGUAUAGGAUGAGAUAUUUUGGCAGUAGAGACGGUACAUUUAAAUAUUCAACUUUUAUGUUUUGCACACAGGUAAUUACAGAUAAAAUCUUGAUCGUAAAAAAUGUAAUUGAUUUGUCGAUAUGUAUUACAAAAUUAUGCUUUCUUUAAAUCAAACAGUUCAUUUUUAUUAUAUUUAUAUGAAGACGAUUACGAGGAUAAUUUAAUAGUUCUCAAGUAUUAUGCUACGUACGAAUGACGUGUGUUCACUGCAAGAUAUUUGUUACUAUUAUACAUAUAUGUAUUAUAUAUGUAAUUAUAGAAAUAUUAUAAAUUGUGAAAUAAUUUAGGAUAUAAAUUAAAUAAUACGUAUGUAU